AUGUCUUCAAACGUUGAAAAAACUAGAGAAGAAAUUCUUGCCGAGAGACAAGAGAAAAAGAAAAAAAAAGCAGCAUUGAAAAAUCAAUCAAAAGAUAAAAGUAACAAUGCAACAAGUGAUACUGCUGUUAGCAAUAGUACUUUAGCGAAUAAUAAAUCUAAAUCAGGUGCCAGUAAAAGUCAAAAAGUUAACAGUCAAAAUAAAGAUAAAACAAAUUCAAAUAAACCCUCACAAUCUUCUUCGCUUACAAAUGCUAGCAAUUCAAAUGUAAAUACUACAAAUAAAGUUAACGAAAAUGCAGUUACAAUAGAGAAAAGUAUUGAACAAGUUGAAAAAAAAGUCAAUCAUAGUGUUUCUAAAAAUGAUGAUGCUGAUUCUAAAAAAUUACCCGUAAAAGAUAGCACAAAUGCAACUAAAACAGAAGAAAAAUCUAAAGCUCAGUUGAAAGCUGAAAGAAGAGCUAAACAAGAAGCUGACAGGGCUAGAAAAUUACAAAAAUCUGUUAAAGAAGUUGAUGAGAAAAGGAAAGUUGUUUCCGAAUCGAAACCUGUUAGUAAACCUGUAAAAAUUUUGAAAACACCUUUUCCUACUGCUCAAGUUAUACACAAAGUUAAAUUAUUUACUCAUUUGCAUGAUUUUUUGCCUGAAUCGGAUGUGGUCGAUGGUCCGGAAAGUAUUCAUCCCAGUAUAAUACAACUCAGAACUCAAUAUGCUUCAAGAGUGGUCUCUGGGGCUAAUGCAUCUUGUCUGGCAUUACUAAAUGCUUUGAAAAAAGUUGUGAUGGAUUUUGAAGCGCCAUCAAAUCAAGAUUUUUCCAGAGGAUUAGAAAGUGAAAUUUCAAAAUGUAUGUCUUAUUUAAGUAGGUAUAGACCAGUGGCUGUGUCAAUGGUGAAUGCGGUAAAGCAUUUGAAAUUUAAAAUUACUCAAAGUAAGGGAACAGAGCUUGAAUAUAAAAACGGUAUAAAUGAAUGGAUAGAUACAUAUAUCAGAGAGCAACUCGAAAUGGCAGCUAAAGCAAUAUGUUUAUUCGUCAGAGAAAAAAUCACAUGCGGAGAUGUUAUUUUAACAUAUGGAUGGUCUUCGUUGAUUCAUCAAAUUUUAAUAUCUGCUUACAAUGACGGAAUUAAAUUUCAAGUAAUCGUUGCCGAUGGAAGACCUUGGUUGGAAGGGAAAGAAUUAUUGAAAAAAUUAGUCGCUGCAGGAAUUAAAUGCACAUAUGUUUUUGUCAACGGAUUGAGUUAUGUUAUGCCGGAAGUUACAAAAAUUUUGCUCGGAGCUCAUGCAUUGUUAGCAAAUGGUUAUGUCAUGUCUAGAGUCGGCUCAUCUCAAGUAGCUUUACUAGCUAAAACAUACAAUGUUCCAGUUUUAGUUUGUUGCGAAACUCAUAAAUUUAGUGAAAAAGUUCAAACAGACUCAUUUGUUUAUAACGAAUUAGGAAAUCCAGAUGACUUGGCAUCGAAUAAAGGAUGCAUUUCCAAGGAACUUUUUAAAUGGAAAUCAAUUCCAUAUGUAACUCCGUUAAAUCUCAUGUAUGAUGUCACACCUCCCGAUUUGGUGUCGGCUGUAGUAACCGAAAUAGCUGUUUUGCCUUGCACAAGUGUACCAGUCAUUCUAAGAAUCAAACCUCCUGAUGCUUUUUAA